AUGGAUCUUCCGGAUCCCUAUUUGCCCGGAUCUAUUAGUCUAUUUGAGCAGCUCGAUAAAAAGCUCAUGGUUGUUUUACGAGACGGUCGAAAAUUAGUCGGAUAUUUGCGAUCAAUCGACCAAUUUGCUAAUUUAAUUUUGGAAGAUGUUGUUGAGCGAAGUUAUAUUGAAAAAUGCUAUUGCGAAGUUGCUCAAGGUUUCAUGCUGAUUCGUGGAGAAAAUGUGGAGCUCGCUGGCGAAAUAGACGAGUCUAUACCAAAUGAUUUAAAAUUUGACGAGUUGCGUUGUGAAGACGAUAAAGCGGCAAAGCAUUGUAUGCGCGUGCCGUUGACCCGAGUGUUGUCUUGUCGGCGUCUCAUUCUCUCGUCGUCGCUCAAUAAUAUCCCGUUUGUCGCACGUCGCCACAUUCGCAACACAAUGCAUAACGUCGUGUUCGUUCUCGGCCCACCAGGUUCAGGGAAAGGCACGAUAUGCUCCAGAAUCCAGAAGGAUCUACGAUAUGUUCAUUUGUCAGCUGGAGAUUUGCUUCGCGCUGAACGCGAGAGGCCUGGAAGCGAGUUCGGAUCCCUGAUCGAAGAGCACAUCAGAAAUGGAACUAUUGUUCCUGUAGAGAUCACCUGCAAAUUGCUUGAGAAUGCAAUGAUCGCUAGCGGAGAUGUCAAAGGAUUUCUGAUUGACGGAUUCCCGAGAAAUCAGGACAAUUUGCAAGGAUGGAAUAGGGAAAUGCAUGGAAAAGUUAAUGAACAAUUUGUACUGUUUUUGUCAUGUCCUGUCGAUAUUUGCAUCUCCAGAUGUCUAAAUCGAGGCCAAGGAAGAACCGACGACAACGAAGAAUCGCUGAAGAAGCGCGUCGAGACCUAUAAUAAUCAAACAUUUCCGAUAAUCGACCAUUUUGCGAAAUUGGGAAUGGUUCGCGAGGUUCCCAGUCAGCGGCCGGUUGAUGAAGUCUACGCCGACGUCGUCAAAAUGAAUUCCGGGUUCAUUUAUUCAGCAUUGGCGGGAAUAUGUGGUUCGAUCGGCGCGAUUUCGGGAAAAUUUGCAUUCGGCUCACAGCAAUUUGGAGCUCAAUUCCUUAUUGGGCUCUCGAUAUUUUUGACGGCCAAUUUGGUCAUGUGGUCCGCUUAUACUCAUGCGUUAUCGGUUUCCGAUUCGACAUCGACCCCGAUGAUUAUCAACAUGUCAUUCAAUUUUGCGUUGACGGGAAUUCUCGGCCAAAUAUUUUUCGACGAAAUUCAUUCGCUAACAUGGUGGUUUCUUCUCGGGACCCUCGUCAUUGGUCUCGCCUUGAUUCUCCACGACGACGGCAAAAAGAAAUCGCAAUAA